UGAGUAGGGAGCACCUGCCACCAGCACCAUGACGCGGGCUGGAGCUCUCCUGCUGCUCUGCGCUGCCUUGCUCCUCAUCGCGGGCGGAAAGUGCGAUGACAUCUGCCCAGCCUUGAGGGACACAGUUGACCUGUUCAUAUCAGGAAGCCAUGAGGCCUAUAUUGAACAAGUUGAAAAGUAUAACCAAAACCCUGAUGUACUGGAAACUGCCAAUACCCUGAAGAGCUGUGUUGAUGAGAAGUUGACACCACAGGAUAAGCAGGAUGCUCUGAGCGCUCUGUGCCUGACAGGAGAGGAAGAACAAAGGGUCAAGGUCCACGUGCUGAACUUUGUCACUCUUUGGGCCUCAGUUUAUCCUAAUGCCAACCCCCCAGUUGUGGACUCAGCUGCUUCCACAUAA